CAUGUACUCAUGUGUCAAAUCCGUCAAUAAUUUACUUAUUGGCUCGUGUCGUUCUUAACAAUGAAGCAACUGGCAUGCAGAUGGGCUGCUUGGUGAGCUCGGCUACGUGAGCAAGGGGUCAGCUGCCAACUCUGCAGGGGGAAACAAUCCGCACUCCCAAUUUGUUGGGAGAGCUUUUGGAGUGCACUAGGUUCAGUCCAAGCCAGUUACAAUCCCAUGAAGCGCUGUGAUGACUGUCGACUGAAACGCUCCCAUGUUACUGAGCUGAAAUGCUUGAUAACGUGGAGGCAGCAGAACUGGGGGGGUUCUGCUGCCACAGUACCCAACUCCCUGGAAAUCAGUGUUCCUCCUUAAAUCCCUGAAAACAACUGCUGCUAACUGCGCAGAGCAGUUUCCGAGGGGUGUUGCUGUUUUUAGGUGCCACUUCCAAGUUGCCAGGGUGGGCCAAAUGAGGCCCACCAUCCACCACCCCGCCAUCCUACACUAUUGCUUCUUCAAAAUACACAAGUAACCUUUUUGCACUUUGGUGCACCCGUGCAAAGCUUACUGCACUUGCACAACACGGAACACCCUGAGGCCUGCCUUGGUUGCUUUUUGGAGAAGUGCUUGUUCCACCCACCUGAAGACAAACCCAUCAUCAGCGGUUAUGCUACAGCCAAUCUUGAGCCCCAAUGGCAUGCACAUCAAGUCAGGAUUCACCCCCACCCGGGCUUCUCCGCACUUACCCUGAACAAAACCCAUACCGUUUCCCAGCCACCCCAUUUAGAAGAGUUCUUGGACAGUUCUAUGCAGAUUUUACCUUCCUGAAUAAUCUGGUCCCACCUACAAGGCUGGCAUGUGGCACUUUUAAAUGCACUUUUCUCAUCGCUGUUCAAACAGCACAGCUUGCCACUGCACAUUUGGGGUCAGGGGGCAGGGCUUUCAAGACAUUUCACACCUGGGACGCCCUUCCCUUUAAAAGCCUGGCCACUGAGUGCAGCUGAAGGCGUUUCUGAGUCAGUGGUUUGACACCCACGCACCUUCCUUCUCCAGCUGUGUUGCACGCUCAGCCUCCUUUUGAAAUUAUAAUCUUUUCCCUGCCGCCAGUUUGGAGUGGCAGGAACAGUAGCAAAAUGAGCUUUUGGAUUCUGUGCAACCUGCAACCACCUUCUCUUCUGUGUGCCAAGACUCACACCCACGGCCUCCCAUCAUCGCAGGUGUGCUGUGUUCCAGCUGCAAGCCUUUGCAAAUUCCUCCAAACUGCUCCGUAAUACACGAGUCUCGGUAAUUCAAGCGCUCCCCCCGGAUGAUAUCUAACUGGGAAAGUAGCUGAAAACUGGAUCCCUGUGACUGGGAGCUGAUACUUGGCGACCUCUUCCUUCCGAUCCUCGGAGUGCCUUCUCUUCCUGGCACCAUUCUCCUUCAUGGCUUUCCAGCCUUGCCCUGUGGUCACUCAGCCUGCGGCCAUUAACAGCAGCUGCCCGUGUCCAUACAGGGAUUGGAAAUCGGGAUUGACGGACUGCAGCUCGGACCAAUCGAUAUGUGAGUGUUGCUGGGGACUGACCAUGCUGGGGGCAGGGAGGAGGGUACCCUGGGCAGUUGCUUCGCUCCCCAUCUUGCAGCAAAGCCACCCUACUGCUGCCUGGCACCUCUUAGGUGCAGGGCUCAAGCCUGCCUCAAAGGCAUGUCUUUCCCCAACGGAGGCUCUGUUCUUUCGUACCCAUUUGCUGAUUUACAGGUAUUCGGAUCAGAGGCGCUCGGCUUCAGGGUCCAGUGCAGAGUGUUAGCGUUGCAGAAAAUUGUCCAGGGCUCAACCUGGCAAUCUCCAUGUCAAAUUGAAGCCCUCUCUGCCCCCUCCCCCAGGUUUCUGCGGGACCUUCUGCCUUCCCUGCCUCAUGUGCAAGGUGGCCACACAGUAUGGCGAGUGCUUCUGCGUCCCCUUCCUGCCGGGGGCUCUUGUGGCCAUGCGGACGGGCCUGCGAGAACAGCUGCGCAUCAAGGUACCCGUCUCCGGGGGGGACUUCUGGGGAAGUUCCAGCAGGUGAUUGCCAGGAGGCACAAAAGCAAGCUCUCCAGUUGGCACAUGGGAGUUAUAGCCAGGGUGAAGGAGGGAGGUGCAGGCAGGCAGGCAGGGAGAAAAUGCAGCGAGCUCUGCAGCCUUUCACACAAUGGACGCCAGAGCUCUAUCCCACGGCAGCAGCUGUUGCAGCAGCCCAGGAAGUCAAGAGUCUUGUUGCAGAGUCAAGGAAUUAGCCCCUGCCACUGGUCAGACGGAGGCUCGCAGCUCUUCCUCUUGGCCGUGACAUACAAAAGUCCAAUGUGGAGAAAGGGGAGAGGUUGCCGGAUUGGUGCACUUUGGCCAGAGGACAGAGUUUGGGGGAGACACAGGCUGCUAGGCAGAUCCAGGGGGCCUCAUCUUGAGAGCACAUCUUAUCAGUAGAUAGUUCCCAUCAGGCCGUCCCUGCUAUUCGUGGGAACUGGUUUGAGGUGCUGAGAAUUCUGCCGAAAACCCCUCCACAGAACCAAAGAUGGAAUGGCUGUUAGAUUGGGUUUAAAGCAGGCAAUCUACACAGGCUAUGUUCGGUGUUUAAUCUGGGGCAGUGGGGAGGCGCUUGGAGGCAGGAGCAAAGACAAGGCUUUCCCCGACUGAUGGUCCUCUCCUCUUCCACAGGGCUGCGUGUGCGGCGACUGGUGCGCUUUCUGCUUCUGCUGCCCCUGCGCUCUGUGCCAGAUGGCACGAGAGCUGAAGAGCCCAUGUUGUUAGCCUCAUCCUGAACUGGACACUCUGGAACCCUCUUGCUGGUCAACCCCGUCCCCUACUGCGUUGGGGGUGCUGUGGGGCUCAGGUGCCUGGAAUGAACUGAACCGAACCACUCAGGGAAGCUUUGAAGCUGAGUUGCAAAGCGCUGCCAAGUUGGUUUCCAGCCGACUGAUGAAGCGCGGGCAUAGGAGAACGGCAAGCUUUGGACUGUCGUGGCUUGUGCCUCUCACUGGACUUCAGGUGUUGCUUCACUAAGGACAGUCGCAACCUGCUCCUCCAGUGUGUGUGGGGGGGAGCCACAUCACCC